AUGAUUGCCUGGAACGACCCAGCCGUUAUCGCGGAGCAGCUCUAUGCGACUGUCAAGUUCAACCACACGGUCGCGGGGCUGUACUUCUGGGAGAUGGUUGUGAACCUGGACUACGACUGGCGGCUCAUCACCAAACCCAGACCCGGGCGGUCUAUCUAUACCAUGGUGGCCUACCUUCUGUGUCGAUGGCUUUGUCUGGCGGCAGUCAUCAGUAUCUUGAUUGGCUUCGACGUGACCACCGAGAUCGACUGCCGAGGGUGGCUUAUAUCUGUCUAUAUCCUGGGCUUUGUUGCGUUUGAGAUGGCUAGCGCACUAAUUGCCAUACGCGUAGUCGCAAUCUGGCAACGGUCAAAACCCAUCAUCGCAGCCGUCUCUGCUGCGCUCCUCACGCAGUUCUGCUUGAUCGUGCAAACGGGUUCUGGGACAUCCACUGGCGCAUGUACCUUCACCGACACCCAAUCCACCCGGAAGUUCUACACCGCGACACUCUGCAUCGAUACGUUCUUGCUCAUUCUCAUGCUCGCGGGUUUGCUGCGGAUACGCGAUGCGCGUAAGCAUGGGUUGUGGAAGUUUUUGUGGCUUCAGGGCUUCAGUUGGGUCGUACUCGUCAUGCUCGUCGAGAUUCCAUCCGUGACAUUCCUUUGGUUGAACCUGAACCAAGCCAUGAACGUCAUGUUCAACCCACCAGAGCUGAUUGCACUCGUGAUAUCCGCAACGCGGAUGUAUCGAUCCCUAACGAACUUUAGCGACGCAUACCGCCCGAACGCCCCGUCGUCUGGACCACCCUCAACAGGCCCGCGCGCUCCAGUACAAGUACCUAUUGAGGUCUCCGUUCAUCGCGCGUAUGUCACGGACCGGAUGCAAGAGGAUGAUCCGGAUAUGCAGUUUGGGGCCGCGACGCGCCGUUCGGUAGAGGAUAAGUACGAUAUGUCUCGGUGA